AUGGAGAAGAGAAGCCAUAAUAUUCCCAUUUUGUUCAUUUUCCAUUACUUGUUGUUUUCAAUCUCCAAAAUGGCAGAUGCACAGACCAUCCCCAUUAGAGUUGGGGUGAUUCUUGACAUGGAUGGCUACGGACAGAUGGCCUUCAAUUGCCUAUCCAUGGCGCUUUCCGACUUCUAUUCGACCCACAGUCAUUACAAGACUAGGCUCCUCCUCACCAACCGUCCCCCCAAAGGCGACGUCAUUGGUGCUGCUUCCGCAGGCCUAGACCUACUCAAGAAUGUGCAAGUGCAAGCCAUAUUAGGCCCAACCUUCUCAUUUCAGGCUAGCUUCCUCAUCUCUCUAGGAGAAGAAGCUCAGGUCCCCAUCAUCUCCUACUCCGCUACAAGUCCUUCUCUCUCCUCAACCCGAAGCCCCUACUUCUUCCGCGCCACCCUCAGCGACGCUACACAGGUGGACGCCAUAGCUGACAUCGUCGAGGCCUUCGGGUGGCGAGAAGUCGUCCCUGUUUACGAGGAAAACAACUUCGGAGAAGGCAUUAUGCCUUAUUUGAGCGACGCCUUGGGGCGUGUCAACGCCCGCAUACCUUACAGAAGCGUGAUCUCUACUCUCGCAACCGACGAUCAGAUCGAGGCCGAGCUCUACAAGCUCAUGACAAUGCAGACCAGAGUGUUCGUGGUCCACAUGUUGAGCCCCCUCGCGUCUCGCCUCUUCAUCAUAGCGCGCAAGAUCGGGUUGAUGAGUCGGGAUUGUGCGUGGAUCGUCACGAAUGGGAUCACCAACGAGCUCGAGUUGCUGGAUCAGUCUGCACUGGAGUCCAUGCUGGGAGUUAUUGGAGUGAGGCAUCAUGUCCCGAGGAGUAAAGAGCUCGAGAGCUUUGAGACUCAGUUUAAUAAACAGGUUCUUGUUGGAAGUAAAUUGAGCAUUUUUGGGCUGUGGGCUUAUGAUGCAGCCACUGCAUUAGCUAUAGCAGCAGAGAAGGCAGAGCUUAAAGAUGUUAACUACAUACAAAAAUCGACGAACUCAACAGAUCUCGAAGGAUUUGGAGUGUCGGGUGGUGGGCCGAGCCUCAUCAAGGCCUUGUCGAACACAACAUUCACAGGGCUUGCAGGGAACUUCAGGCUAGUCGAUGGGGAGCUUGAGGCGCCGCCUAUGGAGAUUGUCAACUUCGUCGGCCAUGGAGUUCAGGGCAUUGGAUAUUGGACAAAAGAUAGUAGGAUUGUCAAUGAACUCAACUCCAAAAGCGCUAAUUUGUACGCGGAUUUUACUCCCAAAUCCAAGCUUGGAUCGAUCAUCUGGCCAGGCGACACAACAUCUAGGCCUAGAGGUUGGGUGAUCCCAACCAAUGGAAGGAAGUUGAGAGUUGGAGUACCUGUGAAAGCUGGAUUCACUGAGUUUGUGAGUGUUACAUGGAAUGCUGACAAUUCUACAAGAGUAGUAGGGUAUUGCAUAGAAAUUUUUGAAGCAGUAAUGGCAGCAUUACCUUAUGGUGUGAGCUAUGAAUACAUCCCGUAUGCAUAUCCCAACCACACCACGGCUGGAGAUUACAAUAGCUUGACCUAUCAAGUAUACCUCGGAAACUAUGAUAUCGUUGCUGGAGACGUGACGAUUGUGGCGAACAGGUCGCAGUACGUGGACUUCACUCUGCCCUACACAGAGUCAGGUGUGUCAAUGAUCGUGCCACUGAAAGAUGUAAAGAGAAAGAAUGCAUGGAUAUUCUUGAAGCCCCUUCUUGAUUUUUUUUUUUUCUUUCUUUUUUUUUGUGUAUGUAAUCGAGAUGUCCUGGUUUGA